AUGGCCGAGAAAGAUGCCCUCUCUGGGGAUCUUUUGCGAGUGGUUCGGCGUGCCCCUCACCGGCUGCGGCACGGUCCGGCCGCAGGCCAUGGUUGGGCUCGGGCAAGCGCUGGGUAUGCUAUGCUUCUCACCAACGGCGCAAUCUCGGCGCAGGAGGCGAUGUUGAUGGGCCUCGCGGACAGAUUCGUGUCAAGGGUCCGGACGCUGGAGGAGGGGAAGCGACCGGCAUCGCGGGGCGGCGUGGCAGCUUAG